AUGAUCUCAAAGCUCCCUUUAGAGAUUCAAGUCAAAUUACUAGCCAUUGUUCCUUUUAGUUCUUUGAAAUUAGUCAAUUCCCAUUUUUAUAUUCUUUACAACGACUUAUUUUACGAUAAAAUAAUAAAUGCCUUCGGCGAAGAAAGUAUAAGACUUAUUAUUAAAGUACUACCUUGGUUGAAAACUUAUAUAAAAACCUUGGAUGCGUUUAGGUUCGGGUGCAGAAACAUUAUAGCUUCAAGACUUAAAUUGAGAGAUACAGAUGAGUUCGAAAGUGAUCUCCAAGACGUUUGUUCAAGCGAUAGCGGCUACCUUAAUUGCAUGUAUGUGAAAGAUUCGUGGAGGUACAUUUAUUCAUUGUUGAGAAAUAAAAGGCUUUUCGCUGAAUACUCUGAUUAUAAGAUAGAUGAACCAAUUAACUACGUCUAUAACCAUUUUGUUGAGAUCAAUAGAACAUACUUACUUUCAUAUGUGAAAUCUUUGUGGCUUGCUCCAGGAACAUACAACCUAAAUAUUGGAUUAGUUAUUAAACACGGAAGUGGGUUAGGGACUACGAAAUUUGAGAUAAAGUACGAAAAUGACUCUGGAGAACAAUCCACGCAAUCAUUCUACCCACCUACAAAUAUCAACGAUAUCCUUCCUAAACGUCAGUUUUGUUUUUUGAAAAUUGCAGAAUUUGACGUUCCUCCUACUAAAAAUCACGACCAAAAUAUUCCCAAUAAAUUGAGAAAAGUAGAACUUGUCAUGGAAGAAAUAGGUUUAUAUCUUAAAUCUGGUUUCAGAAUUUUCUUCAUUGAUGUAUCACAGCCUUCACUACUUUUUAAUGAUUAUGACUUGCUCUAUUACGCAGUUAAUGAGACUGAUUAUAGGUAUUUUAUCAACAUUCCACUCAAGAAUUUUUAUAAGGCUUUGAAUUUUGUUCAGGAGAGCCCCGAUGGUUAUGGAGAGGGUGACCCAAAGGAAAUCUGGGAUCAAUAUGAUCAUACAUUCUUGCAGGAUUAUCCUUCCAAUAAUAGCAAGCCAUCAGGCAAUAAGAACCGGCAAGAAAAUUCAAGGUUGACGAAAUAUGCAAAUUUUUUUUUCAACAAUAAGUUUAAGAAGAGAUUUUUCAAGUUUAAUACAGUCUACCAAAGAAGGCAAUUUGUGAAUCGAUUCGGUGAUUUUGAACUCGACUGGGACGAGUAUGAAGAACACUCUCAUAGCGAUGACGUCUCGCCUAUCAGCAAUGAUCAUAUGAGCGGUGGACUCGAAAAGUCAAAAACUAAACACAAGAGUUGUUCCUACGACUGUCAAGGUCUUAAAUGGAAAAUUCCCAUAAUAGGUGAACUUUAA